AUGCAUAUAUUUAACUCUGGGUGUGGACGUGGAGAUUCUCUCUCGCGCGUGUUUCUUUAAAAGUCGUUUGUUUCCGUGUCUGUUGUUCUUUGAAAGGAGGGGGCGGGGGGGGGGGCUCCUCCAAUUGCCGUUCUUUGUCCUCCGCCUCGGGAGCAGCCGAGCGACGCGCGCGUCGCCUAGACGGAAGCAGCAGCACGGCAGCGAGCGAGCGAGCAUGGAGCGCAUCGGGGUGUCCUUCCUCGACCCUUUGGACGACUACGAGCUCAUUCACCGGAUCGGGUGCGGCACCUACGGGGACGUCUUCAAGGCUCGGAACAUCCGCACGGCGGAGCUGGCCGCCAUCAAGAUUGUCAAGCUGGACCCAUGCGACGACAUCACGUCCAUCCAGCAGGAGAUCACCAUGAUGAGGGAAUGCAAGCACAAAAACAUCGUGGCCUACUUUGGCAGCUACCACAGGAGCACCAAACUGUGGAUCUGCAUGGAAUACUGCGGGGGAGGCUCCCUUCAGGAUAUCUACCACGUCACGGGACCAUUAAAGGAGAAACAGAUUGCGUAUGUCUCCAGAGAAACCCUCCAGGGUUUGUAUCAUCUGCACGAAACGGGCAAAAUGCAUCGAGACAUCAAGGGCGCCAACAUCCUUUUGACAGAACGAGGCGAUGUCAAACUGGCGGAUUUCGGUGUGGCAGCGGAGAUCAGCGCCUCUGUCGCCAAAAGGAAGUCUUUCAUCGGGACACCCUACUGGAUGGCUCCAGAGGUGGCGGCCGUGGAGAAGAAAGGCGGCUACAACCACCUGUGCGACAUCUGGGCCGUCGGCAUCACCGCCAUCGAGCUCGCCGAGCUGCAGCCCCCCAUGUUCGACCUCCACCCGAUGAGAGCUUUGAUGCUGAUGUCCAAGAGCAGCUUCCAACCACCAAAGCUCAAGGAAAAAACCAAAUGGUCUCCAGUUUUCCAAAGCUUCGUCAAGAUGGCGCUCAUCAAAAACCCUCGUAAAAGGCCCUCCGCGGAGACGCUGCUACAGCACCCGUUUGUGACGCAAUUGUUGACCCGCAACCUGGUGGUCGAGCUGCUGGACACCGCCAAGAACCCCGAACUGCACGCCUCGCACAGCAUGCACGACAACGAGCUGGAGAUUGAGGUUGGAGCUCCGGACAAGAUCCGGUCCGCAGGGAAACACCUGCCUGUCCAGAGAACCGUCUCUGAAGAACAAUUCGGCCAAGUGAAGUUUGGCCCACCGCUGAGGAAAGUGACCGAACCGUAUCCCGAUCUGGGCUCGUACGACGACGACGACGACGACUGGAGCUUGUCUGGAGAUGAAGACGACUCACCGAGCCUGCUGGAAUGUGUGGAGCAAGGUCUGCGGCUGAGGUCCUUAACCAUAAGGAGGGCGCCAUCUAUUGACGGAGGGAGGAAGAGCGGCUUGUUCAGCCCGACGACGGCCUCCCUGCCCGCCUUUUGCUCUCUAAGCAUCAACACCGCCGAGGGAAAUGCGACGCAGAGGCCGAGUUCCACGCUGGGCCCCGACACCUCCGCGGCGCCCGACUCGAGCCACUCUUCCGGCGUUUUGGCCCGGUGCUCGGCCACGCGGGACGUCCGGCAGCGCUGCGGCGACCCGUGUCUGCCCGUGGGCGUUACCGCGCCCGCACAGAUGAGGACAGCCGGCGCCGAGAAAGAGACGCCGCUCUCCCCUGAAUGGAGCACGCUGAGGAAAAAGUCUCGGCGACCUAAGGCCGACUUUCAUGGACUUCCUCCCACCCCUCAAGUCCGCAUGGGGGCCUGCUUCUCCAAAGUCUUUAACGGCUGCCCUCUCAAAAUCCACUGUGCCGUCUCCUGGAUUUUUCCGAGGACGAGAGACCAACACCUUAUUCUCGGGGCGGAGGAGGGAAUCUACACGCUCAACCUGAACGAACUUCACGAAGAUACGCUAGAAAAGCUGCUCCCCCAGCGGUGCACGUGGCUGUAUGUGAUGAACAACGUGCUGAUGUCCGUGUCAGGGAAAUCGUCACAGCUUUAUUCCCACAGUCUGCCGGCCUUGUUCGAGCACAAGGGACAUUUGGCCAAAAAACACGGCAGUCUGUCGCUGGGCACGAGCCGUUUCACGGAGAAGAUCGGCACCAGAAAGUUUGCCUUAUCCAUGAAGAUCCCCGACACGAAAGGCUGCAGGAGAUGUAGCGUCGCUCGCAACCCGUACACAGACAGUACGUUUUUAUGCGGAGCGGUUCCAUCCGGCCUCGUUCUGCUCUUGUGGUACGAGCCCCUGCAGAAGUUCAUGCAUCUCAAGCACCUGGCGGCCAAGCUGCCCGACUCCCUGGCCGUAUUUGAGAUGCUGGUGUUGGUGAGCGACGAGUUCCCCCAGUUGUGCGUCGGGGUGAGGGACUGCGCCGAUGGCAAGCUCAAGUUUGAUAUCAUCGAGCUGAAUGGCACGCCCAUUUCAGAGCCAGAGAACGGAGCUGCCGAGGCCGUCCAGGUCACCCAGUUGGACCGAGACACCGUUCUCAUUGCGUUUGAAAAAACGGUCAAGAUCGUCAACCUCCAGGGCCUUCCGUCCAAGGAGCUCGCUGCUGAAAUGCUCUUUGACUUCCCCAUUGAAACGCUCGUUUGCUUGCAGGACAGCGUGCUGGCUUUCUGGAAGCACGGACUGAAGGGAAGGAGCUUUCACUCUAAUGAGGUGACGCAAGAAAUUACAGACGAGAGUCGAGUAUUCCGAGUUUUGGGAACCAACCGGGACAUCAUUCUUCAGAGCACACCGACCAACGAGCCCUCGGCACUGAGCAACGUCUACAUUCUGACAGGCCACGAAAGCAGCUAUUGAAAUUUGCCUGCAGCGAGGAUUAAAUGAGCAUCCGGAACGUUAUUGACUGCAUUGCAAAUGUGCUGAUGCGUUGUACUUGAGAGAAGUUACUGUCUAGCUAGCCAGUUGCUUUUGUCCUAAGCUUCUGAAGGCUUCGAUAUCUAUUUGAACCUGAAUGUACUGCCCGUUAGAGCGCUUGGCACAACUGCGAGACAAUCUCACCGCGACUGCACGAGACUGAAUCAAGCCAAGUACUUUACGUGUUGUUCCCACGCCUGUGCUUUAUUGAAAUAUGAAUGAGUACAGUUGUCAUUUUAUGGAGAAAAAAAGCAGAGACUAAUGCUCACUGUAAAUAGCGGGAGGUAUUUAUUGUAGUUUACUUAUCUAAAAUAUGGGCAACUCGCACCUGACAGACUCCAAUUAAGUCGUAACGUACGUUCCACUACACCGAAAGUGUUUUUCUAUCAUAUUUAUAUUAUUUAAGGAACACGCACUGUACAGGUAAACGCUCACUUGUGCCUGAAAUACUUGAAGAUAAUUUGCAUGCAACCAUGUUUUGAAGGUCAUAUAACAUUUUUACAAUGUCUUGUAAUGUGGAGUGUUUUUUUUUUCAUAACAUAAAAUAUUCAUGUUUCACUGUCACUCAUAUCCUUGACAGAGGCUGUGUCACGUUGAUGGUUGAUGCUGGACCGAUUAUGAAAUAUCGUACAACGUAUCACAAAUGAAAUAAACAUAAUGAUUCUAUUUCUACAGAAGCAAAAACAAAA